CUCAAGUCAGCGAUGUCAUAGUAGGCAAAGGCUCACGUGUGACCCAAUCACCGCAAGACUGCCGCUUCACCGCCCCAACUCGGCAGUCAACUCUGGACGAUUGCUGGAAUUCCUUUUUCAGUUCCCAUCGCACCCGCAGGGCUUCCCCUUCACUCUGCGGGCUGUUUGUUGCCUAUUCCUCUAGGGUUUUGCCUAUCAAAUUGCCCCUCGACUUCUGCCUGGAUUCUCCAAGUAUCGUACUGAAUUUUUAAAUGACGGACUCGACCCGAGCAGGGCUUUCUUUUUCAUUAUGUCCACCCUCACACACGGUGGCAGAAUUGUGCCCAUACUUACAAGUCACGAACAACACAAACAACUCGACUCCACCACCCCAUCCCCCGACAUACUACUAGAAACCAAUGUCCCUCAAUUAGCAAUUGAUCAAACCCCGCUGCUGGAUCAGCGGGUUGACUCUGAAGCCAUGCGUCGGAAGAACACCCUUGAUCUCAACUGUUUAGAGAUGCCUUGCUUGAACGAACGCGGUCUCUUCGCUUUCCCAACCCAAGGAGAUGGCAAUUGUCUCUACUAUUCACUCUCCGAUCAAUUGUACGGCGACUUCAAUCAUGGUGACGAGAUACGCCACCGUCUCGCUGACCACAUGGCCAACAAUAAGACAUAUUUCAUGCAAUUCGUUGUUACCCAAGGCGGCGAGCGUCGCCGUCCCAAGCGCGCUGCCGUCUCCACAUACGCUACUCGUUCUGCCGAAGUUGCAGCUGCGUCAGAGGAGGACAAAGAACGCCGAUUCACAGAAAUGGUGGCUGCAACUCGAAAGAAUGGCGAGUGGGGUAGUUCGGAACAUCUGCAAGCAUUUUGCCAAGUCUACCGUGCAGACAUCAACGUCUACACCAUGGAUGGUGUUCAGGCUUUCCGAGAUGUGAAUGCCUCGAGUGAUGACCACCGAGAUGUGGUUCAUGUUGCCUUCCACGACUUCAAACAUUAUUCCUCUGUGCGGCCAGUGAAUGGCACCCACAAGGGGCUCUUUACUAAGCCCCCGCCGCAAGCCCUCGUUCGGACACCCUUGGAACAGACUGAGAUCAAACAGGACAUCAAAACUCACAUUCUUCCUGAUCCUAAAGAUCGGGUUCCCGACACCAAGCUAAUAACGCCUCCCUCGUCAGCCUCACUAUCAUCAACCCCCGAAACUUCCGAAAUCCCUAACCCUGUUUCCGACACCGAGUCUUCUACUGACGGUCUUAGCGCCAAGGCCGCCGACCUGGCCGUUGAUGUUUUCCCUCCCUGGGACAUCCAGUCUAUCCAGGAUGGCCUUGGUGGUCGGUAUGACCGAGACACGAUCGUGGACAUGCUGCAGAAAUGCCGCGGUGACAUUGACCGGGCAUUCGCCGCUCUCCUCGAUGAGAACGAUAACGGGCAAGAGAAACCGUCAAUUCUCGGCCCAAAUUUCAAACCCAGUCUCCAGGCAUCACGGGAGUCAUCGCCCUUCAGCACUGGUAGCAAGCGGUCUGCCGACGAUAGUGACGACUCCGAGGACCAACCCCCUACCUCCCGGCGGGGGCGUCCAAAGAAGCGGAUCGUCUCCAAUCUGACGCUGGGUGUUGGGAUCUCCUUCCGGGACAACCAGAACGAGGUCGUCUCACUUAAUCUGCGGGUGGACGCAGAUUCCGAGAAGGCAAAGAAGGCGGAGAAGGCCCCUGCAUCUCCAGUCAAGGACACGGCUAGCCCCGAACCAUCCGCGGCAGCCGUCACCAAGGGUCCUCGACGGAGUGGCCGGCUUUCAAAGCCUCGGCCUGCUUGAAAGUGAGAGAGAAAUCUCUCAGCUUUCAUUUGAUUUCACUUCUUUUAUGCGUUAUCUCUGUGGAUUUCUGUCUGUGUUUUCAGCGAUCAACUCUUGCAUUGUGAUGGCGUUGGCAUGGAAGCAUUUGGCAUAUGGGAUUGGUUUUUGUUGCUGGGGCGUAUGCAUGGCCGGCAUGGAAUACAAAAUUCAGGCUGGCUUGGUGGAAGCGUUCUUACUUAUUUGCAUGGAAGAUAGUGCCUGGUGCACUCCUUUAAAUGGGCUCAUGACAUGCAUUUGUGGCGAAGAGUGGGAGAGCUUUUUCUUCAUUAGCUUAGAUUAAUGGUUGGUGUCGGUGCAAGGUUUCUACCUUUGUGCGAGCACGCUAUCUUAUGCUUGAUGAUAGCUGAAUCUAAUCCAAUGUACCACCUGGGGGUGGUCGGAUUGCUCUCGGAUU